AGGCCGGACAUCUGAUCACUUCCUUCGAUCGAAGAGAGACGAGGGGCCUGAAACUCAUCCUCAGUCUGGAGACUGAGUGCGAAAGAGAGAGAGACUGAGAGAGAAAGACAAAGAAGCCUAUUUAUAGUGUCCUAUGGUCAACACACACACACACACACACAGGCCACUGUUUCCUCAGGCGCAACUUGCAUCCACAUCAGUGUGCUGUGCACAUGGGUGACCAAUGCAUUGAUUCUGUACAGGAAGACGGAACAAAGGCUGUUUUCUGCUGCGUUAAAGACUGAAGAUCGCGCCCUCUGUUCCAGCAUUUCUGGACUAAUUCUGAACCAGCACUGCUGUAAUGUGGACGCCAGAACAGACAAGAGGCAAACCUAUUAUUACGUAAGACUCCAGACAUGGUGGGAGAUGAUGGGUGCCUGAAGUUUUUACAGCUUUCUGCUGCUUCUCACAUGAUCCAUCAGCUUGUGUGUUUGGGAUCUACUUGACGUCUCUUGGUCCCAAAGUUCAGAUUGGAGUAUUGGGACGGAGCCCGGCCAAUCCGUGACUCCUGUGCAUGUGUCAGCAUCUCCCCUGCCUCUUCCCCGACUCUGAGACUGCUCCUCCCUCCACAAGUUUGGUCUGCUGAUUGUUGAUUACCAUGAGCGCUGGAGUGAACAUUAAACCCAUUUCCCAAACCCACGCCAGCUCUGGGAUCCCUCUGCCCAGAACCAUGAGCUCGUUCUCCAAGCAGAACACCAACAAGUUCUCCAGCAGUGGCUUUGUAGGUCCACCCAGUCAGCUCCAGCCUGGUGGACGAAUGACCUCCUUCUCAUCAUCCACCUCCAACAUUUCCUCUAUAAGCACAUCUAAAGAGCUGCUGAGGGAGGCUUCAUCAAGGCUUCAGUAUCAGCAGCAGAGAGCUGCUCCACCCAGAGCUUCCCACGACCGCAUUAUCGGCACUCGCUCGGCCUAUAGCAGCCCUCAGAUUCCCAAGAGAAACAUGUUCCACUCCAAAGACACCCUGGACCUCCGUAGAGGCUCACUGCCCCAAGAAACCCUCAGAGAUUUGUCGAGGAACGGAAACAAGAACUGGAGAUCAGGUCUAGUCCAUUACAGGAGUUUAGAUAAUGGAGAUGUUCAGACUCCUUCUCCUAUACAAGAGAUCCAGACAGGAAGAGCUAAAGAGGGUCUUCCUCAUCUCAAAACCACCAAUGGGAACCUCAUAUGGGAAACAGCAAAGCAAAGAGGCAAAUUUACUACUGGAGGCCCAACCGAGAGAGCCAUCACAUCUCACAGACCAACCACCCACAAUACCAGAGCAGCCACCCAGAAUCCUGCAGCUAACGACUCACCCCGAAUGGUUGCUGUGGCACCUUUCAGGUUCAGGCUUCAGAUUCAGGAGAACACAGAUGUGUCCUCUGUGGACGACGUCAGCGACUGCUCCUCAGACUCUAUGGAGCUGUGCUGUGAGGAUCUGGAUCGUGAGUCUCAGAGGAAGCGAACUGUGCAGAAUGUUCUGGAUCUUCGGCAGAACCUGGAGGACACCAUGUCCAGCCUGCGUGGGACUCAGCUCAGUCAUGGUUGUCUGGACAGUAGCGUGUGCUACGACAGUGAUGACACCAACGCCCGCAGCAUCUCCAGCCUGUCGAACCGCUCCUCUCCGCUCUCCUGGCACCACGGACAGUCCAGCCCUCGGCUGCAGGCCGGAGACGCCCCGUCCUCCACCGGCGGCGGCUACUCGCUCACCGGCAAGACCUCCACCCAGUACACCGCCCACACCAUGCCCGCCCGCUGCUCCAGCCGCCUCAGCAGCCACACCACCCGCACCGAGCUCAUCGAGGGCCUGGACGUCGGAGACGUCGACCCCAAAUCCGGCUACCUUAGUGAUUCAGACCUGCUGUGCAAGAGCCUGAAUGAUGACGAUGAUGACGAUAAUCUGGCCAACGGGUGGGAUGAAAGCAGCUCCAUCAGCAGUGGUUUGAGUGAUGGAUCAGAUAAUAUAAGUUUAGAGGAGUUGAACGCUAGCUCCUCCCUCAACUCCCUCCCCACCACACCUGUCGGCUCCAGACGCAACUCGUCCGUAAUGCUGCGUACAGAUGCAGAGAAGCGCUCCCUGGUGGAAAGUGGGCUUGCUUGGUACAGUGAGGACAGCAAGGCCCUGCGGAAGGCUGACAGCGGGGCCUACGAGACCGGCAGCCUGAAGACGGAGUCCUCCAGCAAGUACCGGAAGAGCAGGCCAAUGGAGGGCACCUCAAACGAGAAGACCCCUAGAGGAGAGCUGAAGAAACCGCAGAGUCUCGGGCAGCCGGGCAACUUCAGAAAAGGACGAAAUCCUCCAAUUGGCGUCACGUCUCCAAUUACACACACAUCUCAGAGUGUGCUGAAAGUGGCAGCACCUAAAGGAGACCCCAAGGCCUUGGAUAAGCAGAAGCUGUCCCUGAAGACGUCUGGUCUGCAGCGUUCACGUUCUGAUGCGGGCCGGGAAAGCGUAGAGCACCGCAAACCUCCCUCAGGCCUGGUGAAGCCCAGCGCCGGCAGCUUCGGCUACAAGAAGACCCCAACCACCAGCACGGCCACGGUCAUGACGGCAGGAGGCGCCACCAUCUCCAGUGGCUCGGCCACCGUAGGUAAAACCCCCAGAUCGUCGGGCAUCCCUACCAAACCUGUGCCUGGAGGAGGAAGCCGCAAGAACAGCCUGGAUGCCAGCAACGGUGAGAACGGCUUCCUUGCGCCCAACGCCCGCGGUAGCAUCCAGUACCGCAGCCUCCCCCGCCCUGCCAAGUCCAGCACCAUGAGCUUAACCGGCCGGCCGGCUUCACGCCCCGUCAGCAGCAGCAUUGACGCCAGCCUCCUCACCCUCAAACCCGUGCCCCCUCUCUCCACCGCCCUGCCCAUCAGAGGGAAGGACGGAGGCAGCCUGAAGGCAGGCGGUCGACCCAGCAGCACCGGGCCCGUUAAUCAGACGGACCGGGAGAAAGAGAAGGAGAGGGCCAAGGCCAAAGCAGACCUGGAGAUCUGCUCGCUGAAGGACGAUGUGCAGGGAGAGAGCUGCAUAGAGAUGGUGGAGAAGAUCCAAAGGGUGCGGAGAACCAGUACGAGUAAAUACCCAGAACUGAGCUCUCCAACCACCACACCAAGAUUGUCGACCAAGUCUCUGAUCCACCCCCCAAGCCUGGCUCACCUGGACAAAGUCAAUUCUAACAGCUUGGACUCGUGCAUCACUAUUGAAGACCUCCCCCCCAAGAUCCCCCCAUACUCCAAACUGCAGGACCUGGCCAGCUCUCGCAUGACCCCCCGCCUGACCCCCAGUCCCGCCCCCGUGCUCCAUAUCGACUCUCCGAGCUGCUUCUCGGGCCAGGCGCUCUCCCUCAGCAGCUCCCCUCUGCUCUAUCCCAAAAUGUCGGGGGUCCACCGCAGCAUGGAGUCCCUUUCCCUGCACAUGAGCCUCCCGCCCAGCCUGGAGCUGAGAAACCGGGAGGAGAGCAGGGCUACCGGCACCUGGGGGACGAGCAGCAGGACAUCAGUCACUCUGAGUGACAGUUUACAAACCGAUAGAAACACCUUACCAAAGCAAGGAUUAAGUCAUUAUGGAAGUGGCCAAUCAGAAGCAGAGGGCAAGGAACGCCGCCACUCCCACACCAUCAUGAGCAUGACGGAUUCAGAAAGUCCUCCUCAGCUUCCUUCACCCACUCACAUGGCCCCGUUCCCUGGCAAAUCUCCACCCACCAACAUCGUGGCUCCCAUCCCAAGCUCCAGCUCCACCCCUCGCAUCACCCGCUCCAACAGCAUCCCUGCCAAUGAGGCCGGCUAUGAUCUGUACUCCAGCUCUCCACUGGGAAGCUCUGUUUCACUGGCUGACCGGCCCAAGAGCAUGAUGCGCUCCGGAUCCUUCCGAGAACCUGGAGAGGAUGUUCAUGGCUCUGUGCUGUCUCUGGCCUCCAAUGCUUCAUCCAACUACUCUUCAACAGAGGAGAGAAUGCAGGGAGAGCAAAUCCGAAAACUAAGGCGUGAACUUGAGGCAUCUCAAGACAAAGUGGCCAACCUGACCAACCAGCUGUCUGCUAACGCCAAUCUGGUAGCAGCUUUUGAACAGAGUCUGACGCUCAUGACCGCACGCCUGCAGAGCCUGUCCGUCACCUCCGAACAGAAGGACUCUGAGCUCCAGGACCUGAGGGAGACCAUUGACGGCUUAAAAUCCAAAAACACGGAGGCUCAGGACAUCAUCCACGGAGCUCUCAACAACCCUGAUCUAGCACCCAAAGAGCUACAAAUCAACAGGCAGAACUCGUCUGAGAGCAUAUCCAGCAUGAACAGCAUCACUAGCCAUUCCAGCCUGGGCAGCCUGAAGGAACAGGACACCAAGAAGAAGAAGAAGAAGAGCUGGCUGAGGAGUUCCUUUAACAGGGCGUUCAGUAAGAAAGGCUCCAAGUCGUAUGCAGAUAUCGAGGAAAUUGCCACUCCAGAGUCCUCAGCCCCCUCCUCCCCUAAAAUCCACCAUAAUGUGAAUGACCAGCCCUCCUCCUUAAUAGACCCCACAUCUGUCUCCUUAUCUGGACUGAAUGAGGACAGUGAGGGAGCGGAGAAUGAUGAGAACAUGGUGUCUGAGCUGCGCUCAGAGCUCUGGGAGAAAGAACGCAAGCUCACAGACAUCAGACUAGAGGCUCUUAGCUCCGCCCACCAACUGGAGCAGCUCCAGGAAGCUAUGAGUAAAAUGCAGAUGACUGUAGAGAACCUGAAGGCAGAGAACGACCAGCUGAAGACAGGCGGUCCCUCCAGACCUCCAAGCUCCACCUCCCAGUCCUCAGGGCUGGGCUCAUUGGGAACCUCUUCACCACGGCAGUCCGUCGCCUCUCUUAGCAAGGCGUUCAGUAUGGGGGCAAGCGAAAGCAUUAACACAGAUGUUUUUCAUAGUCCCGCCUCCACCCUGCAGAAGGAUGAGAGCCUGGUCAGAGUGGUCAUCCGCAUUCCCAACCAGCAGGUCUUUAAGGAUGAGGUGAAACAGCUGGAGUUCUUCAUUGGUGCGAUUAAGCUCAGUGGAAAGACUGAUUGGUCCACGCUUGAUGCAGCCAUCUCUCAGACGUUCAAAGACUACAUGUUAGUGGUGGACCCGAGCUCCAGCCUGGGUCUGUCUCAGGACUCCAUCUACAGCUAUAGCCUCAGUCACCUCAAGAGGGUGCUGGGGUCUCAGCCACCCGAAACCCCACCAGUACGCUGCCUCACCAAGAGCUCCACCUGCAUCAGCGUGGCCCUCAAAGGUCUGAAGGAGAAGUGUGUGGACAGUGUGGUGUUUGAGACGCUCAUCCCGAAGCCCAUGAUUCAGCACUACAUCAGCCUGCUGCUGAAACACCGCCGCCUGAUACUGUCGGGACCCAGCGGCACAGGGAAGACCUACCUCGCCUCCCGCCUCACUGAGUACCUGGUGGAACGCAGCGCUCGAGAGGUCACCCCCGCCAUCGCAGUCACCUUCAACAUGCACCGCCAGUCCUGCAAGGAUCUACAACUUUAUCUUUCCAACCUGGCCAAUCAGAUUGACCGGGAGACUAGCACUUCUGAAAUCCCAUUAGUCGUCAUUCUGGACGAUGUACAUGAUGCUGCAUCCAUCAGUGAAUUAGUCAAUGGUGCUUUAACUUGUAAAUAUCAUAAAUGUCCAUACAUUAUAGGCACAACCAAUCAGCCAGUGAAGAUGACCCCCAACCACAGCCUGCACCUCAGCUUCAGGAUGGUUAUGUUCUCCAAUAACGUGGAGCCAGCUAACGGCUUCCUAGUGCGCUACCUGCGCAGGAAGCUAAAGGAAGCAGAGGACCAGAGGAGCCUGACUAAUGAGGAUCUUCUGAGGGUGCUGGAUUGGGUACCUAAGCUCUGGUACCACCUCCACACAUUCCUGGAGAAGCACAGCACUUCAGACUUUCUCAUAGGCCCGUGUUUCUUCCUGUCCUGUCCGGUGACGGUAGAGGAGUUCCGUUCCUGGUUCAUUGACCUGUGGAACCAUUCUAUCAUCCCUUACCUGCAGGAGGGGGCAAAGGAUGGCAUCAAGGUUCACGGUCAGAAGGCCGUGUGGGAGGAUCCAGUGGAGUGGGUUCGGGAUUCUCUACCUUGGCCCUCUGCUCAACAGGACCAGGCCAAGCUCUUCCACCUGCCUCCCCCCAGCACAGGUCCAGCCAGCCCCAGCCAACCCGGCGAGGAGAAGCCCCACAAAGAGACACCGCCCAGCUCCAUGGAGUCCGACCCCCUGAUGGCGAUGCUGUUAAAACUGCAGGAGGCGGCCAAUUACAUCGAAUCACCAGAGAAAGAGACUGACCCCAAACUGCCCACACUUUGAACAGCCAGUAUAAACUGAGCCCUCCUCGGCCUUUCUUUUUCCCCUCCAUCUCUCUCCGAAAGGGGUUCUUUCUCCACGUACGCUCGUUGAGGUCCUCACCUCUCACCUCCAAACCCUGAAAUUCACCUGUUCAUGAUCUGAACUGCUCAGAAGAUCCUGUACUGUGCUGACAGAACUCAUAAAAACUCAUCGGGUUUCCUGUUUUUCUUUUGUUUGUUUUAUUGUUUGUUCGUUUGAUAUGUUCAUCAUCUCAUUUUGCUCGUUUCUCUCGGUUAUUAAUAAUAAUAAUAAUAAUAACAAUAAUGCUGAACUUGCAUCACAGGAUCCUUACUAAGAAACAUUGGUACUUUGUUACGAACAUAAAAAGAACAUAUGUAUGUUAUAUAUAAAUAUCUAUAUAUAUAUACAUAUACAUAAACAUGCUUAUACAGUAUCUGCAGAUCAUACAUAUUAUAUACGCUUAUAUAAAUAUAUAUAAAAAAAAAAAACAGUUUACACACAGCAGCAUAGUUAUAGCUAUGUAUUUUGUUUUAUUUGAUUUGAUUUUAUUUUUUUAUUUAUUUUUUAUUUUUUUUUACGGGAGCCCUUACUGUUCCACUGCUGCCCACAAUACUACUCAAGAAAAAAAAACAGGUGCUAAUUGCUGUUUGCUAGCAUGCGCAAAAAUACAUUCGCCUCACACUCAGCUUCAGAAUCAAGGACAUCUUUUUCUCUCUCUCUCUCUCUCUCUCUGUCUCUCUCUGUCUCUCUUUCUCUCUCUCUCUCUCUCUCUCUCUCUCUGUCUUUUUCACUCUCUCUCUCUCUCUCUCUGUCUCUCUUUCACUCUCUCUCUCUCUCUGUCUUUUUCACUCUCUCUUUCACUCUCUCUCUCUGUCUCUCUUUCACUCUCUCUCUUUCACUCUCUCUCUCUCUCUGUCUCUCUCUCUGUCUCUCUCUGCCUCUCUCUCUCUUUCUCUGCCUCUCUCUUUCUUUCACUCUCUCUCUUUCACUCUCUCUCUUUCUCUCUGUCUCUCUCUCUGUCUCUCUCUCUCUGUCUCUUUCACUCUCUCUCUCUCUGUCUCUCUCUGUGUCUCUCUCUGCCUCUCUCUCUUUCACUCUCUCUUUCUCUCUCUGCCUCUCGCUCUCUUUCACUCUCUCUCUCUUUCACUCUCUCUCUUUCUCUCUCUCUCUGUCUCUCUCUCUCUGUUUCUUUCACUCUCUCUCUCUGCCUCUCUCUCUCUUUCACUCUCUCUUUCACUCUCUCUCUCUUUCUCUCUCUCUCUCUCUCUGUCUCUCUCUCUGUGUUUCUUUCACUCUCUCUCUGUCUCUCUCUCUCUCUUUCUCUCUAUCACUCUCUCUUUUUCUCUGCAGUCGUCCGCAGCGAUAUGGCUAGUCUAGGAAUACGUCUGCCUGGGAACACGUUUCAUAAAACAGUAUAUAUUCUACCCAUAACUUAGUCUGCAUGUGAAAAAAAAAGCGUAUGAAAUGAAAAAUAAGGAACCUCAGAGACCUUUUAACCUUUUAGCUCACGCACAGCGCAGUUACCUUUCUUCUCUAGCCGAAUUUCUUUGAGUCGGACUCUAGAAUGCCUUAAAAACAGCAGUGCACUGCAAACUGCACCAUUCUGUGCCCCCGUUUCCACUGUAGGGGGCAGCGUUCAUCCGAAAACUGACAGUGCUGCAUUUCUGACAGUCUAAGAGUGGGACGGGUGGGAUCAGUCAGUGACUGCACGUAUCUGUACACAGUGAAGAAGUGAAGAGCAGGAGGCGUUCAGACACGAGUCCAGCAGUUAUCAGUAGAGGUUAUCGCCAUACAGCUUUGGAAACGGCAUAUAGUUUCUGUGGACUGUUCUUUUUACCGUGACGAUAUUGUAGGUACAUUUUAUUUGGCUUUGAAGCUGAUCUCAGCUCAGGGGGUUAGUAAUCUCAGGCAUUCUCAACUACUACGGUUAUUUAGUACUGCUGUUAAUAAUAGUAGUAAUAGUAGUACUGGUACCACAACUCAGUCAGUUCUCAGUCAGUCUGUUCUAGUUUGUAGCGUAAUAUGGUGCAAAUAUCUUAAAUAUCUUAUCUUAUCUUAAGUGCAAAAACCAAAAAAAAAAAAAAAACUCUCUCAACUUUUUUUUUUUUUUUUUAAGACCUGCUCACUUUCAGAUCAGCCAUGUGUUCAGAGUGGGAGAGAAACUACUACCCCUUACGUAUUAAAUAGGGAAGAAAAAGGAUUGUUUAGGAUUGUUCUUGAUUAAUUCAAUAUUAUCUUAUUGUUUUCUUAUUUGGUGCUAUUAAAUAUACUAUAAAACUUCCAUACACUGUAAAGAAAGGAGUGCUUUGUCCUUCGUGUGGUAAGAUUAAUAAAUUUAAACUGGGUUUACAGUAUUUAACUCCAUUCAAAAAAUUUAAAAUAAUAAUAAAUACUUGUGUUUUAUAAACCCAGUUCAAUUCUUUUAAUCUCACCACAUGAAGAGAUUUUUUUAUUUAUUUUUUUUUUAUUUAUUUUUCUCUUUUCUUUUUUUUUUUUUUUUUUACAGUGCAAUAGGAAAACGACCAAUGACUAAUUUUCCUGCAGUUGUCUUACAGUGACAGUAGAUACAUAUACAUAUAUAUAUAUAUAUAUACAUAUAUAUAGGUGCUUGAUCACAAUGAAAUAGCCUUACGAUCUCACAGCUUACUACAAGGGCAUCUCUUCAUGAUUGAAGUACCGGUACCUAAAACAUACCUAAAAAAAGAUCAAAAAAGCGAAUAAUCGUAUAUUUACAUACUUACUUACUUACUUACAGUACUUGCGGUAAACCUUAAACAACCUCUUUUUACUCUCCCUACUUUCAUUCUUUAUUCUUUAUUCUUUUUUUUUUACUUUUAUGAUUUCAGCACGUCUCACAGCAUCGUUCUAUUCUACUCAUCUGUAGUAACUGUAGUAACUGUAAAUGCACUUUUUUUCUAGUGAAAGCAUUAAAAAUGCAUAUCAGUAUCAGUAUUUUUCUGGAAAAAGUUGCUGCAUGCAGUUCUAUAGAGGAUCGGACUUUAAAAACUAAAAAAAGUCUACACUAAAAGCAGUGGUAAAAUGUGGAAUUGCUUCAAAGAAAGCAGUGGUGGAUCAGUAAUUUCUCCUCAUCUGUACCUAGAAAUAAAAAAAUAAAAAAAGCACAUCCAAACCCGAAUGUGUAUCCGCGUGUAGAGAGCCGAGCUGACGUAAGAAAUUAAGAAGUUGCAUCGUCUUGUUCAGUUACGCAUUUAUUUAACCUGCCUCACUCACAGACAUUGUAUUCUGUCAUUGCUGUCAUUAUCAUCGUCCAGUAUGUAAAUAAAAUAUGUCACGUGUCGCAUACGACAGAAAAGGAAAAAGGGUCCUAAAGUGAUCAGGGUUUAUCUUAAAGAUCAGAUCAGUCAAACUAAAUGCAACUAAUACAAAACAUAAGAAUUAAAAAAUAAGAAGUAAAAAAAAAAAAGUUAAACAGAAUGGUGUAGCUAGGGUUUCCUCGUGUUCUCACACAGUAAAACACGUAAGACUCUUAUUCUGAAGUUUCUUUGCACUGCUCCUUCCAAACCGCUGUGUGAGAUUUCCAUUUAAUUUAGCAUUAAUUGCAUUCCUCAAGAGAGACGUAUGGCAGUGCACUAAUGGCUCUGUUAGCCUGACCUGUUUAAUGGGACUGCAGCAUUAGUUGCAUUUUUUCAUCCCUUUUUGAGUCUGAUUAUACAGUACAGGCCAAAAAUUAGGACACACCUUCUCUUUAUCAAUGCGUUUUCUUUAUUUUCAUAACUAUUUACAUUGUAGAUUCUCAAUGAAGCAUCAAAACUAUGAAUGAACACAUGUGGAGUUUUAUGUACUUAACAAAAAAAGGUGAAACAAUAUUAUCUUCUAGUUUCUUUAAAAUAGCCCCCCUUUGCUCUGAUUUCUGCUUUGCACACUCUUGGCAUCAUUCUCUCAAUGAUCUUCAAGAGGUGCUCACCUGAAAAUUCCAACAGUUUUCCAGCAGUCUUGAAGGAAGGAGUUCCCAGAGGUGUUUAUUAGCACUUGUUGCCCCUUUGCCUUCUUCACUCUGUGCUCCAGCUCACCCCAAACCACCUGGAUUGGGUUCAGGUCCGGUGACUGUGGAGGACAGCUCAUUUUUUUUGUUAAGUACAUAAAACUCCACAUGUGUUCAUUCAUAGUUUUGAUGCUUUAGUGAGAAUCUACAAUGUAAAUAGUCAUGAAAAUAAAGAAAACGCAUUGAAAAAGAGAAGGUGUGUCCAAACAGGCCCAUUUGGCCUGUGCUGAACAUCAAUCAAUGUUAUAAGGGUAGAUUGGACUUGAAUACAUUACUAAAAAUUGGAAUUUUUUAAACUACAGCUCUGAAAAUAUGGCCUAAGCUAAAACUGUACUGUCUAUCGUUGAUGUGACGGAUAAAAAAAGAGUUUGCAUUUUAGUACCUCCUUUAUAACAGGUUAUUACUGUUUGGAAAUGGCUCCAGUGUGGGGUCAGGUGUUGGUAACAGAAGCCAUUGUGCUCGGCCUGCAUCACGUCCCCGGUUACUGUGCCUGUAACUCUGUGAUGGCUGUGUGUUGUGUUGUGCUGUGUCUCGUAACAGGACUAUUCAACAACUUGCUGUUUGAGGAUCGUGAGAGGGGGCGGGGUGGUGAUAUGACUGGUGAUUUCAGUAUCAGUAAAGCUAGCUUUAUUUUAUUUUUUUAUUUUUUUCGCUCUUACUUUCCUUUCUUUCUUUCUUACUUCCCUUUUUCCUCUUUUGAAUGUUCUGAACUGCAGUAUGUAGUUUGUGGAAGCUAAACUACAACAUGACCUACACACUAUAUGGCAAAUUAUAUAAUGAUAUAUAAAUUGGGGAGCGUCAAUGGUAUGGGUGUAUUUUCCGGGGGAGGUUUUUUUUUUUUUUUUUUUCUGCUAAAAUUGCAGGCGGUAAAAUCCAAAUCACCAGUGUUACUGUUGAAUUCCUACAGAAUUGCAUUUAAGCCAUGGAGUUUAGUUAAAUGUAAGAAAAUGCUGAUGAUGGCAGUACUGAAGUGCUGGAGUACUGAAGAUGACCUGAGUUAUGAACAGUUAUUGUGUGUUGCGUUGUGUUAAUCAAAUUACACAGAAAAGUGGCUUAAUUAAGUAUUUCCUUCAUGUUUUAUUAUAUACUUCGGUACAUCUCAAAAAAAUGAGAAUAUCAUUGAAAAGUUACUUUAUUUUUAGUAAUUCAGUUCAAAACGUGAAACUCAUAUAUUAUAUAGAUGUAUUACACACAGAGUGAUCUAUUUUAAGUGGGUUUUUUUUUUUUUUUUUUGCUGAUGAUUUUGGCUUACAGCCAAUGAAAACCAAUGAAAAAUCAGUGUCUCAAAUAUUUAAAUAUUAUAUAAGACCAAUUGGUACUUUUGGCAGUGUGGGCAGUGUUGUCCAAAAAAUGGAAAUGAAAAAUUAAAUCUCUGAGUGCUGAAAAAUCUCCUGGUAGACACAAAACUCAUUUUGGACUUUCAUUUUCCAGCAGGACUUGUCACACUGACCACACUGCCAAAAGUAACAAUUGAUCUUAUAUAAUAUUCAAAUUUUCCGAGACACUGAUUUUUUUGGCUGUAAGCCAUAAUAAUCAACAAUAAAAGAAAUAAACACUUAAAAUAGAUCACUCUGUGUUUAAUACAUCUAUAUAAUAUAUGAGUUUCACAUUUUUAACUGAAUUACUGAAAUAAAGUAACUUUUUCUUUUUUGAGAUGCACUAGUAUAUAGUUUAUUUUAGCCGCGACACACGCAGAAGAAGACCACAAGAAGUUGUUGAACAGUCCCCAAACAUCACGCGAUGCUUGUUAAGAAAAAAAAUAAAUAAAUAAAGAUAUACUAUUAAAGGUAUGGUAUCUAAUGUAACUUGCAAUGUGCAAUAGACAUGUAUUGGGUUUCUAAAUGUUGUAAAAGCAUGUCACCUUGAUGUGAAGCAGAAUUUGGAAACGUCUGGCCGUUUUAACAGGAUAUAACUUUCUUAUCUGUAAUUUUUUCCCCCCAGAUGAUCAUUUGUACAAGUUAAUUUGCAUUUCUUUUGUACAGAAAGUCAUAAUUGUAUACAUUGUAAAUAGCCAAGUCAUUUGCGACAACAAUCGUUUAGGAUAAGAAAACCUAGUAGAGAAAUGUGGUUUGUAAAGGGAAAAUUGUGCUUUUUCUGUUUGCGUGGCCCUAUGAACCUGUGGGGAACUGGCAUGCUUCCGGAGGUUUCUGCUUAAACACCAAUCCAAUGUUGUCCAUUUAUCAUAAUAAAACCACAUCAUUCUUUUAAUA